GAACACGUUAGAGAAGUCAUUUCCUGCUCUAAAAAUAGUUUCAUUUUUAGUAAGCAGAUGGAAUACUUCUCCGGGACAAUUCAUAUUCAAGUACUCGAGGCAACUGAGCUGAAGGCAACCGCAUGUGCCACGCGGCACGCUGUGGGUCCAGCUGCAAAAUUAUACGAGCUUUUGGACCCAUACGUGACCAUUGAAGUAGAUGACCUUGCUAUUGCUAAAACUUCGACGAAAUCAAAGACCAACUCCCCACGCUGGAAGGAGAAUGUAAAGGCUGAGGUGACAAGUGCCCAGCGUCUCACUUUCACAGUCUAUCAUGAUGCCGCAAUUCCGCCAGAUGAUUUCGUUGCUAUUGCUGAGCUACUCAUGCGAAACGUCCGAGCCGGGAAGGAGUUUUGGCUUGAGUUAGAGCCUCAAGGACGUCUCAAACUGCAGAUCGACCUUAUUGGCACUAGGACCGAUGAACCACCAAAAUUAGCCUUUGAUAAAGACAGUUCUACGUCCAGCAGUGGUGUAUUGCAUGCCAAGCACUAUCGAGCGGGUGCCUUACGUAGGCGGAUUCAUCAAGCUAAAGGUCAUAAGUUUCAGGUCACGGUGCUAAAGCAGUUCACCUUUUGUUCUCUCUGCAACGACUUCAUCUGGGGUCUCUGGAAUCAGGCGUAUCAGUGUCAGGUGUGUACCUGUGUGGUUCACAAGCGCUGCUAUCAGAAUGUUAUUACUCAGUGUCCUGGUGUCAAGGCUCUUCCUACUGGACCUAAUGCAAACCGUUUUAACAUAAACGUACCUCACAAGUUCCGGGUACAUACCUACAUGCUGCCCACCUUCUGUGAACACUGUGGCUCCAUCUUAUUCGGGCUGAUGCGUCAGGGCCUGCAGUGUGAGGUCUGCAAGGCGAAUGUCCAUCGCCGGUGUGAAAAGAACGUCGCGUCGCAUUGCGGCGUGAAGACGCGCAACCUGAUAACUGCAAUUCGACACGGCAGCGGUGCACCGCAUGAAAGGUCCUUUAGCUCGCCGAUCCCAAUGCCCCCGACCACACCGAACGACUCAGACAAAGCUGCCUCCGAUCUCGAUGCGAUGAAUCUUAGCGAAGACUCUGCAUCACAUGUGACGAGUCGUCGGCAUUUUGUCCCCCGCAUUCCCCGUCUUGCCGAUUUCAGUCUUCUCAAGGUGCUGGGCAAGGGCAGCUUCGGCAAGGUGAUGCUGGCUGAGCACCGUGCCACUGGCGAGGUCUUCGCGGUGAAAAUACUUAAAAAAGAGGUCAUAAUCCAGGAAGAGGAUGUGGAAUGUACCAUGGCCGAGAGGCGGAUACUUGUCUUGGCCGCUCAGCACCCUUUCCUCACCGCGCUCUACUGCUCAUUCCAAACCGAGGAUCGCUUGUUUUUCGUAAUGGAGUACGUGAAUGGUGGCGACUUGAUGUUCCAGAUCCAGAGAGCGCGUCGUUUCGACGAAGCUCGUGCCCGCUUCUACGCUGCCGAGGUGGUUCUGGCGUUGAUGUUCCUUCAUCGUCACUUCAUUGUCUAUCGGGACCUAAAGUUGGACAAUAUUCUCCUCGACGCCGAGGGCCACUGCAAGCUCGCUGAUUUCGGCAUGUGUAAAGAAGGCAUGUUUCCAGGCCGGACCACUUCAACUUUCUGUGGCACGCCCGACUACAUUGCACCCGAGAUUUUGGCAGAGCAGGACUACGGUUUCAGCGUGGACUGGUGGGCACUGGGUGUGCUGAUGUACGAGAUGCUGGCCGGCGCACCCCCUUUCGAAGGUGAUACGGAACAGGACCUAUUCAACUCCAUAUCUUACGGCGACGUUAAGUACCCCUCGUCUCUACAGCCCGAGGCCGUCGACAUCCUUUCAAGGUUUCUGCUAAAAUCGCCAGUCCGACGGUUAGGCUGUGUGAUGAGCGAGGGUGGUGAGUUGGCGAUUCAGCGCCACCCAUUCUUCAGGGAGAUCGACUGGAAGCUUCUCGAAGAACGGAAAAUCCGUCCUCCUUUCCGGCCCAAGGUCCGGUCACGCUUCGACACGACAAAUUUUGACAAGGCGAGUUUGCGAAUAUGUCUGUUUAGCGAUCAUCAAUUACUCCAAUCGACUAGUAAAAAAUAG